GGCUAUUUGGUUGGCCAGCGCGCUUGCCACUUACGUCAUUCACCCGCGCCACCCGGAAGCCGCGGUUCCUACCAACCGUUUUUAUUGCUGGCGGCCCUAAGGAGCCCAUCAUGGCGACGCCCCCUAAGCGGCGGGCGGUGGAGGCCACGGGGGAGAAAGUACUGCGCUACGAGACCUUCAUCAGUGACGUGCUGCAGCGGGACUUGCGAAAGGUGCUGGACCAUCGAGACAAGGUAUAUGAGCAGCUGGCCAAAUACCUUCAACUGAGAAAUGUCAUUGAGCGACUCCAGGAAGCUAAGCACUCGGAGUUAUAUAUGCAGGUGGAUUUGGGCUGUAACUUCUUCGUUGACACAGUGGUCCCAGAUACUUCACGCAUCUAUGUGGCCCUGGGAUAUGGUUUUUUCCUGGAGUUGACACUGGCAGAAGCUCUCAAGUUCAUUGAUCGUAAGAGCUCUCUCCUCACAGAAGAUGGUGUAUCCCUGUGUUGCCCAGGCUGGAAUGCAGUGACUGUUUACAGCUGCGAUCAUAGCAUACUACGUCCUCAAACUCCUGGGCUCAAGCAAUCCCCUUGCUUCAGCCUGCCAAGUAACUGGGACUAUAGGCGCACUGCUGUGCCUGGCUUUGUGUUUGUUGAAAUAAUUUGAAAGGGUAUGCUGGAAGCAAAUUAAAGUGGUUAUUGAAGCA